AUGGCCGCACAAAUAAACGACCUGGAUGAAACGCGGGAUAAAAUUUCGCAGCAACUUUCUCCCACUCCAUUUGCAUGCACCUCGCUCACACGCCUCUCUGGAGGCACAGCAAACUUUGUCUAUCGAGGCACUCUUUCCUCAACUGGACAAUCCAUCAUCAUCAAACACACCAAAGAUCACUCGGCCUCUAACCCAGAUUUUAAAAUCGAUGUUACAAGAUGCCAUUUUGAGGAAGCCAUUCUUCAAGCUCUCGAUGGCUUGACAAGGUAUACAAAUGGUAAAAUAAGUGUCAAAACACCGCGCUUAUUGGACUUCAAUCGGGAGACAAAUACCCAAGUGUUCGAAGAUCUUCCAGAUUCAAUCGACUUGAAGAACUUUCUGCUCUCAAAGGUUUCUCAUGACUUGUCCGAAUCCUCAGGGCGAGCCUUGGGUAGUGCCCUUGGAUCCUGGCUGAAAUCUUUCCACCAUUGGACGACCGAGGAACAGCAAACAGAAAUUACAAAGCUUCUUGGGGAGAACAAAAUCAUGAAAGAUUUGAAAUUCUGGGUGAACUACACUAUGCUGCUUGAUACUAUCGAAAAUUUCCCCAGUAUUCUAGAGGGGGAUCGUGAUAUCUUUGAGAAGAUUCGUGACCUGGCUGCGGCAGAGCUUGAGCGACAGAGCCAUGAUGAUGGAUAUGGGGUUAUUCACGGUGACUUCUGGACUGGAAAUGUUCUUCUUCCAAACGUUCCUCUCACCCAUCAAUCCGACACAAAGGUGUUCAUUGUCGAUUGGGAACUGUCACAGAUUGGAAGCCGCGCAUUAGACUUGGGUCAAAUGAUUGCUGAGCUGUACGAAACAAAGCUGUUCAAGAAUCUGGACGGUGGAGUGUGGAUUAUUCAAGGGUUCUUGGAGGGAUACGGGGCCCUUAACGAUGAAAUGGCAUUCCGAACUGCGAUCCACGUUGGUGUGCAUCUAAUUUGCUGGGGAAGUAGGGUCCCUGGAUGGGGCACUCAAAAGCAAAUUGAGGAUGUGGUGAAGUCUGGAAGAGAUUUGAUCGUCCACGCCUGGAGAAAAGAUAAGGCCUGGUUUGCGCAAGGCACUCUUAGUUGCCUUUUCAAGGGUUGA